GCAGAGGAAGAGGCAGCUUAAGGGAAGUGCCGCAGUGUGUUCAUCUCCAUUCUGUGGCACUGCGUAGAUGUUAAUCAGGCUUUUAUCAGCUAGGAGGGAAAAAUAGACUCAAUUUUUUUAAAAACCAUACAAACAUAACGUUACAAGAUGGCCACUGAUUCGGGCUACGGCGGCUCUCAGGGCUACGGAUCAUACGGCGGUCAACAGGGUGGACAGGGUUAUGGACAAGGAAAUGGAGGUGGCUCUUAUGGUGGACAGAGUUAUGGUAGCUAUGGGCAGCAAGGACAAGAUGGUUAUGGCCAGUCACAACAACAGGGCUAUGAUGGUUACAGUGGACAGGACUCAUCAGGGUAUGGCGACAAGCCAUCUUAUGGCCAGCAAGGUUCUUAUGGUGGACAGGGAUACGGAGGAGGUGGAGGUGGUGGCAGUGGCGGAGACAGUUAUGGACAGCAAAGCUCCUACGGUGGCCAGGGACAGAGCGGUGGUGGUGGUGGUGGCGGCGGCAGCGGAGGAUAUGGAAGAUGGAAUGAUGGGGAAGGUGGUGGUCAGGGUGGACGUUAUGGGCGUGACCAAGGAGACCGUUCAGAGGGAGGAGGGGGCUACAGAGGCCGUGGUCGUGGUGGUUAUGACCGUGGCGGUUACGACCGCAGCGGAGGAUAUGACCGCGGUGGAUAUGACCGUGGUGGAAGAGGAGGACCUCCUGGUAUGGGAGGUGGUGACCGUGGUGGCUACAAAAAUUACGGUGGAUCUCGAGACUACAGCUCAAGGGAUGAACCAGCUGGUGAGCAGGACAACUCUGACAACAACACCAUUUUUGUCCAGGGACUGGGAGAAGACGCCACAGUCCAGGAAGUGGGUGACUUCUUCAAGCAAAUUGGUAUUAUUAAGGUGAAUAAGAAGACUGGGCAGCCGAUGAUCAACAUCUACUCUGACAAGGUCACCGGUCGGCCAAAAGGCGAAGCUACAGUAUCAUUUGAUGAUCCACCCUCAGCCAAAGCUGCUAUUGAUUGGUUUGAUGGCAAGGAAUUCAAUGGUAAACCCAUCAAAGUAUCUUUUGCCACCCGCAGAGCUGAGUUCACACAGAGAGGUGGGCGAGGUGGACGAGGGGGUUUCAGAGGUCGUGGUGGUGGUGGUGGAGGACCCAACUUUGAUAUCAAAGGAGGAGACUGGCCUUGUCCCAAUAGCUCUUGUGGCAACAUGAAUUUUGCAAGGCGGCAAGAGUGUAACAAAUGUGGUGCACCUAAGCCAGGGGAUGGAGGGUUUGGAGGGGAUCGUGGAGGUAGGGGUGGAUAUUGUGGUGACAGAGGUGGUGGCUUCAGAGGCCGUGGAGGUUUCCGUGGUGGGGACCGUGGAGGAGACCGUGGUGGUUAUGGAGGAGAACGUGGAGGAGGCUACGGAGGUGGCUACAAAAUGGGAGGAAGAGGUGACCGUCGAGACGACAGAAGAGACCGGCCAUACUAAGUGUUGAAACCAAUCCAGUCCUGCAAUUUAGCAUCAAGGGAGGGGAUCAGCUUUUUUGGGAAGGGGUUCGACUCGGCUUUCAGAUUUGUCUACCUUUUUCUUCGCCAAUGUGUCCCUACCAUCACUGCUCAGCUGAGAGCGAGGAGGGUUGUGCUGAGCUACUGUGAAAGGACUUUGCGGCUGAAUGGCACUGUUGGCAUGUGGUCAGAUGUUUGUUUUUUCCUUUUGUUUUAUUUCUUUGUACAUCUUAAAUUUCUCUCGGAUUCUAGCUGCAGAUGUUUUGUGAGGUAGACUUCGUACCAUUGUUUUGUAUGAAUGGAAUAAAAUGUUUUACUUGGUUCUUUUUUUCCAAAAUGAUAUUAAAAACCGUGAUCUUU